AUGGCCAAGUCUAGUCGCCGGCGACGGGCUGCCAAAUUGAAUGCUAAGAAAGGCAGUCGAGAUGAUAGGAUCAGCAGCUUGCCCAAUGAUAUCCUGGUCAACAUUCUUGAUCGACUCGAUGUCCGCGACGCUGUGAGAACCAGUGUCCUCUCGAGACGGUGGAGCCAGCUUCCUGCCAUGCUCCCACAGCUUAGAAUAAAUGCUCAGGACAUACUGCCCUCAAAAAUUAAAACCGGCAUGUCCGAUGAUGAAUUGGUUCGAAUGUCCAAUGCAGUUGUUAUCAAAGCGACAAAGAGCAUACUGGCACGCAGGGAUCCAGUCGAAUGCACCAUCCGCUUCUUCAGUGCGACGUUCUACUUGAGCGACGAUGCACCCUUAUCAGUUGGGCAUGCUGUUGGCAGUGCCAUGGUGACACACAAAAUUGAGAAGGCCGAAUUCAGAGUUUUGACACAGAAGAAACGCCUAGAGUGCACCAUUGGCGAUAUGCUGACCUAUGGGAAACGGUUUGUGUUGUUUUUCAACAAGUGUCUAAAUGCAUUCGCUGGUCUCACGCGCCUCUGCCUGCAGAACUUGAGAUUCGCUGAAUCUGACUUUGUCUCCAACAUCCUCGUCACUUGCAAGCAGUUGAAUUAUUUAGGUUUUCUCAAUUGCGACACAAAGAGUUGGAUAACGCUCCAAGUUGAGCACGCACAACUCAGUGAGCUCAGUAUUGUCAAUUGCCGUUUUGACAUGGUCGAACUCACCUGGCUUCCGAAGCUCACCUGUCUGGCGUUUGAGAUUUGGAUCGCUUUCAACGAACCACCACUGUCAUUUGGCUAUGUCCCAUUGCUUGAGGUUCUCAGCCUUUCAAAUGUUGCUUAUAAUCGGCACAAAAUGGUCAAGUUAAGUACAUUUCUUGGCGAGACCUCUGUUCGAGACCUGAAGUUGGGGUUUAAAUGUGAAAAGAUUUGGGUUCAACCAGAGUGUUUGGCCGGAAGGCAGGCACACGUGUUCCACCAACUAAGGAUUCUCCGUCUAUUUGGCAUUCCUGAAGGGUAUGAUCUCACCUGGACAAUGUUCUACUUGGAAGCGGCACCGUCCCUGGAGGAGCUCUACAUGACGGUGGUUGAUCAUCCGUGUGAAAUGGAAAUGGAUGAGAAGGUGAGGAGGCGGGAGUCGUAUAGCGAGAACAAGGGGGUCCAGUGGGAAUCACCUACACCAAAUUUCAAGCACCAUCGUCUCACCAAGCUAGCCUUCUUCUGCUUCCAGUCUGAAGAAUACAUGGUGAGUCAUGUCAGGCGUGUCAUGAAAGCAGCGGUGAAUCUAGGGGAUGUGUACCUGUAUGACAGGGUCACAUGUAUCUACUGUGAAGGCGUGGAGCCUCUAAAGCCGAUAGUGUUUCCGAAGACAGAUGAGCAGAUGUCUUCAGUGGAGAAGCAAAUCAGAGAGGGCACUGAGUCACCUGCCAUAAUCCAUUUCCUGUCGGCUGCUGAAAUAAGCGAUGAUUAUCUUGCAAGGAUAUGUGAAGACGGUUAG